AUGCCUAAGUGGGACUUUCUCAAUAAAAAGAAGGAUUCGCUUCCUCCAACUUCCAAAGACUAUGGCCAACCUCCACCGGCGGCAUGGCGACCAUUUUAUUUACGAAGACUAGUUAUAACCUGUUUCAUUCUCGCUGCCUGUGCCAUAGUUGCAGCUCUUGAGGUAUUAAAUCAUAUUUCACAAUCUCAGAACGGGCUCGCAUCUUCAGUCGAACGUCUUCACUAUGUCUGGACAUAUACACCAACCGCGAUCCUGACUAUCAUAAGCGCACUGUGGGCGCGCACGGAGUUUCAGGCCAAGCAAAAUGCCCCAUGGAGAUCGCUGCAGCAACCAGAACAAGUCGACAAGAGUUUGCUUCUAGACUACGACAAUAUUCCGCCGGUCGCACUAUGGAAAUCGCUCAAACAUCGCCACUUCAUUGUUGCCGCAGGAAUCGCCUGUUCUCUGCUAUUACAGCUUGCAAUUCUGUUCUCCACAAGUCUGCUCUCUCUACAGAGAGUUCAUGUGCAAAAGCUGAAUGUCCCUAUUCAAUUGGCUGAUGUCUUUGAUGGAGGCGACCCAAUGUCCAAUGAGACCGGACUUACAGCAUUCGACACCCUCAAUCAGGUUCAGUUCGAGAACCUGACAUACCCAGUGGCACCAAUGCAAACCUCGCCUUUCAGACCUUCAGUACACCGAAUGCUUCUGGAGUCUCAGUCAUAA